GUGACAACAGUGACAACAGUGACAACGGUGACAACGGUGACAACGGUGACAACAGUGACAACAGUGACAAAAAAAGGUGACAACAGUGACAACGGUGACAACAGUGACAACAGUGACAAUAGUGACAACGGUUAGAACGGUGACAACGGUGACAACGGUGAGAACAGUGACAACGGUGACAACGGUGGCAACAGUGACAACGGUGACAACGGUGACAACAGUGACAACAGUGACAACGGUAAAAACGAUGAAAACAGUGACAACGGUGACAACGGUGACAACGGUGACAACGGUGACAACUGUGACAACU